CCCCCUCCAACACCCCCUCCCUCUUUCUUUGCUCCGCUCGUUCUCGGUCCACGACCAUUGCCUGCUUCCUCUAUUCCCGCCCUUUCCCUCCGACCUUCCCGAAGACUCUCCCCUCGAAGGUGGUAUCCGUCUGUUGUGGAUCACCCCGCGCUAGUUGCAGACGUCAUACAUCUGUGCGCCUCCACGAUCCUACAAUUUCUCCCGACGAGACUGGCCGGCCGUCUCCCCCAGAUCUUCCCUACAACGAUCUACGCUCGGCUAGUCCUCACUCCGGCCUCGAACAGGCACGCUGCCCACCAUGUUCGCCAGCAAGCGCUUAAGCAAGGAGCUCCUCAAGAUGCAAGACCACCUGCCCCCCGGAAUCACAAUCGUCAAGUCCGACAACCUCGAGGAAUGGCAAAUGGACAUUAAAGUCUUGGACUCCAACCCGCUCUACCAGAACCAAACCUACCGACUUAAAUUCACCUUUAGCAACAAAUACCCAAUUGAACCCCCCGAAGUCCAAUUUAUCGAAUGUCCAUCCACCUCCGAACACCCCCGCCCGAUCCCCAUUCACCCCCACAUCUACAGCAACGGAAUAAUAUGUCUCGAUCUUCUGAGUUCCGCCGGCUGGUCCCCCGUCCAGACCGUCGAAAGCGUCUGCAUGAGCAUCCAGAGCAUGCUGACCGCGAACUCCCGCGACGAGCGCCCGCCGGGUGACAGCGACUUUGUGUCCUACAAUCGGAGAAGACCGCGAGACAUCGACUUCUUCUACGACGACGACAAUGUAUAGGCGUUAGGGACACAUCAUCUGUGAAUAUGGUUCGAUAGCUCUACGGGCGGACAAGCGGACAUGCAUGUUUUUGUUUACCUGCAUCGGCAUUGGCGCGCGCAGCUUCCUUGAAUAUUUUACUGCUUACGGAGUUGAUGGACGGACGGGUGCAUGCAUGGUUCUUUCUCUUCUCUUCACUUCUUUCUUUCCUCAUAAAUUUUUAUUCCCAUGUUGUUCUCAACAUUCCCUUCUCUCCUUCUGCACAAAUGCCGCAUGUCACCAUGCCUUACAUACAUACCUGCACACAUGCAUACAUUCAUACAUUCAUACAUAGUCAUUUCUUACCUCUGUCUCAGCCUAGAUAGAUAUAGGAAGUUAGUCAUCCAAACCACAUCAUGUU